CCGGUUGCAAACCUAAUAUUAUUUAAAAUUGUUUUCUAAAUCAAUAAUGUCUAGUAAUUUCUACUUCGAGAAAUGGAAGACGGUACUUAAACAGUUAACAUCAUUAAUACAAAUUGAUCAAGAAUAUCAGAUCUCCAAAGCGCACGACCAGCGUCGUUGCCAGGCCGCCGAGCGCCUAAACGGGAUGCUAGCAGCUUACACCAGCAUUUACAACGAAGUGCUGGAAUGCUCGCAGCAGAACUUGCAGGUCCAGAAGACGAAAGAUAUAUAUGCUGUUUUAUAUGCAGUAGUAGACCGGAUUCUUGAACUAAAAAACCAGCUGCGGAAACUAGAAGGAUGUCAGGCCCAAUUCUUAAGUAAAGGUGCGAUCCGACAUCAUUUGACUGUCAACGAUGCAGAGUUCCAUGAUAUCCCGAUCAGAGUUGACAGGAAUGAACAUGCAAAAGAGAUGAUAACGGAUGCCUUCAAUGCAGUGAAAGAGAAGAUACUUCAAAGGGAACUAGAGCUAGCAAAAGAAGAAGAAAUUGCAGAGGAAGAAUCAAUCGAUGCUUGGUGGGAAGAUGAUAAUGAUAAAAAAGAUGACGAUACAACUGGAGAUAAAUUCGUACGGUAUGAUAAAGUCGAAGAACUUUCCGAUGAACAACUUAAGACACGAGAAAUGGCGGCUUUAAUACAGGCUCAUGAAAAAACUAGACGGGUAACUCAAAUAAACUUGCAAAGGAUGCAAAAAAGGCAUUUAUGGGAAAAGGAGUUACUAGGAACUUUAGCACCCCAUGCAAGAGAUGAACUUAAAAUACGAGCUGCAAAGAUAAUACAAAAAGUUGGGAGAGUUUACAUGGAAUUAAAAAGAAAGAAAUUAAGAGAAUGUAAAACUAAUGAACUGUUAGAAAUCAAACCGUGUGGAGAAUUCAGCUACAGGGAAAUAAAAAAGGUCAAAGAGAUUAAGGAUCGACGAUUAGCAAUGUAUAAGCAAUUGGACAAAGCUUGGAAACAUCAAUGCGUGCAAAUAAAAGAAGAAUAUUAUAAGAAAAAUUAUGAGGAAAUGAAAGAACAUUACCGAGAUAGCAUCAGAGAUUGGUUUCGAGAAUGGUACGAAAAAAUCGGACUCUUCCAUAAUAUACCAAAGAUUAAUCAAGGUGGUUCUGUUGCUAUUUGGCGAGGAGACAUACCAUCACCAGAAGACUGGUAUGAGCAAUAUAAAGAGUACAUUGCUGCAAAACAGCGAAAUAAAAACAAAUCAUCACAAGAGGCGAAGUUAGAAAAAAAGGCAGCUUUAAUGGAGCAAAAAAGACUGAAGUCGGAAGAAAAUAGGAAAAAGAAACUUGAAGAACAGUUGAAAAGGAAGAUGAUGAAAAAUCCUAAUAUGCAUCCAGGAUAUAACUACCCGGAGUCCAAAAAGUUUCAUGAAUUAAUUGAGACUUUAGGCCAUUACCACGAAUUAUGGGAACAACUUGAUGAAAACGAGUCUAUGGAAGUAAAACAAGGAAAUGUUAAACAAGUUGAUGAAGAAAAUCUCAUUGCAGAAGUAAAGCUAGAGAUCGCCACUCAAGUCGAUGACGAUAUGAAGCAAGAACUAAAGAAACUUAACAAAGCUUUAAAGAAAGAUUAUGCAAAUGCACUAGAAAAAAUGCCAGAACCAAUGCCGGACAAAAAGAAAAAAGGCGGUAAAAAGAAAAAAGUUGGCAAAGAAAAAAUACCUGACGAUGUCGAUGUUGCUGAAAAGAUGGAGUAUCUGGUGGAAAAUGGUAUUCUCAAAGAGUAUUCUCCGACAAAGUUAGAAGACUUCCUUGGAGAUCACAAUAUGGUUGGUGACGGUUGUCGCUGCUUAGACAUAGAGGCGCAUCCAUCAGCUGGUGAAAUAAGAAGCCUCUGGUGGGAGCGUUGUCGGCAAGUCAGUCACGGGCUCCACAAAAUCCUGGUUGUGGGUCCCGCUGGUAAUGGUCGAUCUACGCUGGUCUACGCUUUGGCUUCAGUCAACGACGCAACACUCUUGGAAGUGGACCCUUCUACUUUCGACGUAGAUUUGGUCACCCCAGAAUACUUGCAAACCUUAGUGAAUGCGCUCGCAGUCUGUGCUCGUGUUGUACAGCCCACAGUGAUUUAUAUGAAAAAUGUGCACCUAUUGUUUUAUAAGAAGAAAAAGAAAUCUAUCGGAGGUUUUCCGAAUGCAGAAUUGAUAAAGCGAUACCUUAUCAAGAAACUCUUUAAACGAUUUAGCAAAACUGAUAAUAUCACUAUUAUUGCCAGCUGCUACGAGCCUUGGUUGACAACCGGAAAACUAUUGAAGCAGUUUCCAGAUGUACUCCUGCUUCCUGACACGACUUACCAAGUAGUCGUACAAUUAUUAAACGACUGGAUACUCGGUAACCGAUGUCUUCCCCGCAAUUUAGACGUGCACACCCUAGCACGGAUGCUUAGAGGAUAUGGCUUCAAAUUCCUGAAGACCACGCUUGAAGACUUUCUGACACCUGACCGCAUUGUGAAGAUGGCGGCUUAUGGUCUGACUGUAAAAGAAAUCUUAGACCACGUAAUUCAGACAGGAGUUGAGAAACAUGACUACGAGCAAUACUUAAAAUGGUACUCAAAGAAGACGAUCUGGGGCAAGAAGGAAGCUAAGCAGCUUGAGGAGGCGCGUGAGUUCCGAGCAGCAGUCGAGAAGUACGCAGAAGCUGAAGAAAAGAAGAAACAUAAGAAAAUACUGACAGAAACGAAUUAAAAAAGAAAU